AUGGCGCCGUUUCCCGCUAUCCGCUGGCCGGCGUCAGUGCGCACGCCCGCUGAUUACGUAUUCGCGGGUGGGCCGCUAAUGUCGGACCUGAUUACGAGGCCCUACCGCAGCCGCCGCACACCUAGCUCGCUGGCACAAAGCAUUCGGCUCUACAUAAUGCCCGCUGGCGUGGUAGAGCCGCGACACGGCCGCCGGGGCACCGUGGGCGCUCGACAUCGAUGGCUGGACCCGAACAAUGGAAUCGGCCGGAUUAUUGGACCGUCGGCCUUGCGAUUAACGCGUACAUCCGCACCCGUCAACAUAAUGGUUUCGAUCGAAUGCCCCCAUAGA